AAUCAAUUCCAAAUAAACAAAAAGAAUUUAGCAGAACCAAGUGAAAUAGAUGAUAAACCAAAAGCUGAAGCAUCAGUGACAAUCAGUGAAUCCAAAUGUAAUAACGAAAAGUUAAUGGAUCUAAUUUCGAAGAACAUCGUUGAAGAUGACCCCGUUGAAUCGAAACGAGCAAUACAUAAAGCCGCUUUAGAAGAGAUUCAAGAUUCGGUGAUCGACAUUAUCUGUUCAGAUGCCGGUUUCACAUAUAUUGUUAGCACGACUGAAUAUUGUGAAGCACAAAAACGAAGAGUUAUUUGCUUUAUCUAUAAAAAGCCGUAA